AUGGCCAUCAAUUUUCUAGUUCUAACAUGUUUUACACAUCUUAUCCUUCAAAUUCAAGCGACAUCAAGCGAAUUAGACAUUGAUAAGUCGGGCUGGCUCGAUGUGAACGAUCCACUCAGCUGGGAGAACACUCAGAAUCAGCGAGAUCGUGGAACAUGCCCGUCGGAAGAAGCUGUGAGCGAAUAUCAGCGAGUAAGUGGUCUAGUCUAAUAUUAUUCUUGAUUUUUAGAGGAUUUCGCAGUUGGAGAAGGAGAUUUUGAUUGGAAAAGCAAGUUCAGAGGAGAAGCUUCUAAAGCACGUUGUUCGGCAGUUUCUGCAUCGUUUGAAUAUUGAGCUAGUCGACGGACAAAGCGUCUAUAGAGAUGCUCAAGUGUAUAUAUCGGCAAAAGACGUGCGAAUACUCCGUAGAUUCUUGAAUAACGAGUAUCCUGACGAGGAUGUUGGCAUAAGAGAACGAGUGAGAACGGCGUUGGGCGAGUUUCUCAGCGAGGUCGGUCAAUUUUUCCAUUUUUAUAUUGUAUAUGACACCUGGGGAAAUCAUGAAUAAUAUCGGUGUUUAGGCCUCGGAACAGACUCCAAUCUUCGUCCAGUAUCUUCAACCAUACACUCCAUACCUAAUGCUGCUGAAUAUCGCGAUACUACCGAUUGCUUUGUUGUUCAUUUUGCAAAGGAUAAUGUCACCCAAACAGCUGUUGAUAAUAUUAUUUUUAUGGGCUUUUUGUGUGUCGUUUUGCUUCACAUACGCGAGAAAAUACAAAGUAAGUGUUUUUAUAUUGUUUUGUUGGAUUUUAGAUCGAAUUGGAAAGAAUUUUCAUCAAUUUUGCCUAGUGCAAUAUAAGGCAUGUUGUUUAGGAAAAGCUGGCGGAAAGGUAUGACCGCGCCGACCGAGAAGAUCAAUGCAUAAAGGACAAGACUUUCCUUGGUGAGGUUUCCGAUGUGCUGCUUGGGUAUUUACGGAUCAAAGGAAAGAGCGAAUGCCUUAAAAAAUACGAGGUCAGUUGAUGUUGUUGAUCUCGAAAAAAUGACUCAUCCUGCCAACUGUUUGGGUCAGAACUUAAUGUUUCUGACUUUCAGGACAUUUUGAUUGAGCCCUUCUUGCUGAUCGACCCUCUGGCCACAUUCGGCGAAGUUCUGGCCAAUUUCUUCAUGAGUCCUUUGGAGGUCGCGGGAAAGCAACUAAAUCGAUUUUUCAAUGACUUUUUCAUCGACACCCCACUACCAUUGGCCGUCUUCAAAGUCGUAUUCCUAUUUUUACUGCUGUUUUUCUUCAUGGGAUACCGGCUGAGGACCUUGUUAUUCUCGGUGGAGCCGGUUUUCAGGCCGCAAGAACCGGCAAUUCAGAGGACAGAGAGGGCUUCUGAGGCUAUACGAACAAGAGAGACGACUCCAAUGAUCCAGGAAGUUCGUAGUUGCCCGGUGAGUUUUGAUUUUCAAUGAUUUUUGGGGGAGUUUUAUAUUGUAGUAGAUGAAAUUUGAAUUUAUUGAUAUUAUAGUAGGAAAGGGUGGCUGAUAUGACUUCAAAUGAUAGAAUAGGAAUGUUUAGGGUAUGUUUGUUCUGUUAGAUCAAUUUUUAGGAGAUUUCGAAGAAAUUUUUAUAUUGUAGUAGAUGAUUUUUUUUAGUUUUGAUAUUGUAGUAGGAGACUUUAAGAUGAAAUAGUAUACAUUUUGAAGCCACGUAGGUCCUAUUACUAUGAUUUUGGAUAAAUUUAAAAACAUUUUUUAUAUUGUAGUAGGUAUUAAUGUAAUUUUCUAUAAGAAAGUUUGAUGAAGCAGUCGUAUUUUACCAAAUUUUAGACCUUACCAGCCCCAACCCCUCCUCAGAACCCCGCAUGGAAGGAGGCGAGUCCAACGUUGGCCAUUGAAGACAUCCUCGAGGAGCUGGAUUUCCAAAUUGAAGAGGAAGAAGUCAAAAAUGAAGAAAAAAUUGAGGAAGAAGAAGUCAAAGCCGACGAAAAAAUUGAGGAGGAAGAAGUUCUGGAUAUUCGAAAGAUAUUUUAUGCCCAUUUGACCUACGAAGAAAGCGAAAAUUUAUUGAGGAAUGAGGAAAAAGGCGCAUGGCUCCUGAGGAAUAGCCAAAAAAUGGUAAUAAUUACUGUGAUUUGAAGGGACAAUAUGUGAAUUGUUGAUUGAUAGGACUAGUAUUUGGAUUAGGGAGACAAUAUAACAAGAAUUUUGGGAAAAUUUGAGGGCUAAAUUGGAUUUCUGACCUUAUUUUAGACAUCUAUAUCUGGACCUGGUUUUAGAUGAAUUUUUGAGAUGUAUUAGAAGAAAUGGUCGUAUUUUACCAUCAUUUGGGAUACAAUUUUUGUAUAGUAGCGUGCCAAUGAAUAAUUUUGGAUGUUGAAUAGAUUUCGGACCUUAUUUUAGGUUCAACAUCUGACCUAAUUUUAGCUGAUUUUUUGAUGUUCAGGAAAAAUAUGUCUGCCGUAUUUUACAAUUAUCUGAAGCGUAAAUUCCAUAUAUUAGGUUUAGUAAAGCUGAUUCAGCAUUAGAAUAAAAUUUUGGACCAUUUUUAUAUUACACUUGAUUCCAGCCCUCGAACAUGGCAAUGUCAAUUCGUGGUCCGAACAGAUGCCAUCAUUUCAUCAUCUACUUCACGGAGGAGCUGAAUUACCGUCUCGGAGACUCUAAAACCACGUUUGGAAGUCUGCAGAACCUUCUGCGACAUUAUACUAGACAUCCGGUCCUAAACGAAGGCCCCACCACGUUGGAUAGGCCGCUUUUCCGCGACAUUUCAUAA